AAGGUCGCGCCCACGUGGGGCAAGUAAAAUUGUAGUAAUAUCGAAUGAAGUGACCCGGUUGCGCAUAGCAACCAAUCCAGAUUUCCGGAAUCUUGCCUUUCAUGCCAAUUGAGCGAACGAAAGCCAUUCCCUCCCAAUUUUGGUCGAGUCCCUCUCUGGAUUUGAAUUUGAAUUUCUCGAAGAAAACUAUUGACUACUAAGGUCCAGGAAUUUCGCUGCUCAAGAAUGCGGUCCUACAUUCCGCUCUUCCUCCUACCCACUUUAUCAGCACUCCAAAUCCCGUCGAUACUUGCGCCAUUCUACGAACCACAUCUCGAAGAAUCCCUCAUUAUCUCAAAUGUCAGCUUAAUACCGCAUGAAUUGGACGAUCUUCGAAAACGAGAUGGCAACUGUCCAGACAACUACAAUUCCUGCUCAACUCUAGCAGCAGCAGAUGCAGGAGCUUGCUGCACAAUAGGCACUUUCUGCACUACGGAUCAUGCGAAGAAUAUAGCAUGCUGUCCAACUGGGGCGACCUGUACUGGUUCAAUUACUCGAGAAACAGCAGCGACGACGACAACAAGUGGAGGUGGUGGAGGAGGAGUGUUUGGCACAUCCUCGGCAACGACGACCACGAGUACAGCAACGACCGCCACAAUUACGAGUGCUGCUUCACUAUCCUAUGUCUCGAAUACCUUCUUCCCAUGGCCAUAUAUACCAACUACUUAUAUCAACAGCGCGGCAUGUAUGACUGCAUAUUCGGACUGCCAGUCGAAUCUCGCAGCUUGCACAGCAGAUCUGGAGGGAGGUAGCUCUGGAUUCCCAGUCACAAUUGUAGCGCCAGGGGGCGGCGUCACUGUAGGAGCUACAGCUCAGAACCUGGGCUCAGCGAGUGCAACGAGUAUCUGCAGCAGCUUGUAUCAAGAGGGGUGUUAUGGGAUUGUACCUGCGAAUUGUGCCACGUUCGGGACCGGGACAGUUACGAGUUUUAUUGUAGGGACGACAGGAGCAGCUGCGAGACCAACGAUGGGGUGUUUUGCCACGGCGGGUAUGAUGGCUGGGUUGGGUAUAGGAAUAGCUGGGCAGAUGAUCUAACGGAUCUGGGAAGGAUGAAUAUAAGGAACAUGUUGGUGUAAAUGCAUGGCUAUGGUGUUGGUUGGAACUGUGGAUACCUUUCUUGGCAGCGACGAUGCUGUACGUCUUUACGAAGUUCAUGAUGUUUUUACAAGAAGCAAUACGUGGUAAUAGGGAGUUUUAUAUCCAAAUGAAGAGUACUUGUGGUUU